AUUGUCCAAAUUACUGUGCGGGACUCACUGGUUAGUCGCAUAUCGUCAUCGGGCUAUCGACGACGGUCGUAACAGUAAUACAGAACGAUGAUGUCGAAAGUCUUGUUGUUAACUUUUGUCUUCUCGCUGACGACGGUAUUUCACAAUGGCAAAGGCUUAGCGGCGCUCACCGGAGACACAAAUAACGUCGUCAAUGACGGCCUAAGCGACGCAUACCGUUUACCGGAUACCACAGAACCGGUGUCCUACGAGUUGUGGAUAACGCCCGCCAUCGAAAGUAACUCAUUUCACGGACAAGUUGACAUCGUUCUGAGGGCGAAACAGUACACGGCCGAGGUGAUCCUAAACUCGAAGGAUUUGAUCGUGUCGUCGUUGUCCACGUUCCAGGACUUGAAGACAAAUCGGACCCUGGCGAUAAAGGAUUACGUGUACGAAGAGCGCAAUGAACGGUUGGUCGUCAAACUCGAAAAAUUGAUUUUGCCAUCGCGACUCUAUAAGUUUACCGUCGUAUUCAGCGGAAUUCUAAGAGAAGACUAUACCGGAUUUCAUAAAUAUUUCUACGACUCCGGCAAUCAAUCGAGGUGGAUAGCUCUGACUCAGUUCAAACCAAUAUACGCCAGACGAGUAUUUCCAUGUUACGACGAACCGAAAUUCAAGACUCCGUAUACGAUAUCGAUCUCCAGGGAAAGACAACAUACUGCGUUGUCCAAUAUGCCACUUAAACGCAUUAAAUUCAAUCAGCAAAGCGAUAUGGUGUGGGACCACUUUGAAACCACAAAGCCAAUACCCACGUAUUUAGUGGCUUUUAUGGUGUCGGAUUUCGACAAAAACUCUGUAAACGGUGAUAAUAUCGCCAUGCAUACGCGCAAAGAGUACAUCGAAUAUACGACGUAUAUGAUGGGGAAAGCACCAAACUUACUCAAGGGUGUAGAAAAGUUCACUCGAAUACCGUACAUGUUACCGAAGUUGGAUUUGGUCGGCAUUCCCUUACUGAGUGCAUACAAUAUGGAGAAUUGGGGACUGAAUUCUUACGAAGAAUUUUUCGUGACUUUGUCGGAGGAUUCACAAACGGAAGACAAAAUACAGGGAACCAUGACCAUACUACACGAGAUCCUACACCAGUGGUUCGGCAAUAUGGUAACCGCUCCUUGGUGGGACGUCGAGUGGUUGAACGAGGGCAUGUGCAAUUACUUGAACUAUUACAUAACAAAUAUGCUCGAACCUGAAUGGGAGAUGGAGGAAUCGUUCGUAGAGAACGUGCACCAGUUUGCACUGUCCUGGGACGAGUAUGACGAUACGCACCCUUUGACGUUUGCAGUGUCGACUCCCGACGACAUCGUGAAUGCUUUUGAUACCAUUUCAUCCGACAAGAGCGCGGCGCUGUUUAGGAUGUUGGAAUGCGUAGUGGGCGAGGAUUACUUCAGGAUUUCGGUGAACAAAUAUCUCGAUGACUAUGCGUACAUGGUAGCGGGACCGACAGACUUGUGGAAUACUUUCGAUUACGUGCUAUACGACUUUGACUACGUUAUCGAAGACGAUGUCUCGAUCAAUAUGUAUAUGGAUUCGUGGACGAAACAACCCGGGUAUCCACUGAUAACAGUGACGUCGACGGGAGACGGUCGUUACAACGUGUCGCAGAAACGUUUUUCUCUGUCGUAUCCGCGCCAAACUACCGAAGACGUAAAAUGGUUUGUAGGCUUAACGUACACCACUGAGACCGAAAUGGACUUCGAAGAGCUCACGCCGAGCGUUUGGCUGAAACCCACAGACGAGCAUACAAUAAUGACAGUCCCCGAAGAUUCGGGAUGGAUAAUGUUCAAUAUACAAUCGUCCGGGUUCUACAGAGUGAAUUACGACGAAAAAAACUGGAAACUCCUGUUGAUUCAGUUGAUAACAAAACCCGACCGGAUACACGUGCUUAACAGAGCUCAAAUCAUAGACGACGCGUUUCACCUGUGCCGAGCCGCGCUGGUGCCGUACAAUUAUUACACUUCGUUGCUCGAGUACCUGUUGAUGGAGGACCACGUGACGCCCUGGAACACGGCGGUCACCGGAUUGUCGUCGAUCAUGGGCGCGAUCCGGCGAUAUCCCACGGAAUAUUCAAUGUUCAAAGAAUAUGCAAAGGGCUUGGCGGACAUUUUGUACGACAAAUUAUCAGGAAAUCAGAUCCACAACAAUAAGACGAAAAUAGGUUGGAGCAAACUAUUGUCGUGGACGUGUAACAUGGGCAACUCGCGUUGCGUGAAAUCUGCGUCAACGCACUUUGACGGGUGGAUGAACGGACACGAAAUACCGUCGGAAAUGGAAGAAGCUGCCCUGUGCGUGGGCAUGAAAAAAGCUAACCUCACAACCUUAUCGAAAAUUUACAAACUCUACAAGACGACACGAUCACCGUCGCAGCAAAAAAUAAUUUUAAGAGCUUUGGCCUGCGCUGAAAAUUUGCAAACGCUGUUGAGUCACCUAGAUCUGAUGCGAUUGGACGUUGCGAACCGCGGGAGCUUGCAGAGCUUCAAAACCGUUUGCGAGAACGUGGUUGCCACACCGGCAGGUGUUAAGGCCCUUGUCGGGUUUCUGUCACGUAAACUGGACACGAUUCGAUCGUCACCGGUCGGCGAUGACCUGCACAAGUACAUCGCUGUCGUGUACUCCGCGUUGGCACCCAAGGUGGCGACGGACGAAGAGAUCGUUGUGAUGGACAAGAUAAGGCGAUCCGUCAAACCGGGCGACCUGAAAGCCGUACUGGACGGCAUUUAUCAGAAAAUCGAGUCGAACUUGUUGUGGAUGGAACGAGAUCAUAAAAAAAUCAUGAAAGCGAUCAUUAAAAUGUGAAGAAAAAACGGAAUUUCGGUUAAACGAACGUAUUAUAUUUAAAUCCUAUGUAGGUAACAUAGCUGUUAUUAUUAUAUUUUAUACAAAACUAAACCUUUCUGACUUAUUAUAUUGUAAUAUUGACAUAUUGUAACUGUUAACUAGUGUAUAGGGAUUAUCAAUAAUGUAAUAAUAUGUACUUUAAUGUUAUUGUAUAUUGCGUAUAUGGAAUUUAAAUAAAAUAUUUAAUUUCAGACUUAAAA